AUGCCUCCUCACAGUGCUUCGGAGCUCUCCAGCUGUUUGCGCAUGCAAAAGCCGAUGGAUAUUUCAGAUUGACUAGAACAUCUUUGAAGAAGAUUGUCGGUAACUGAUCGACACUUCCAGAAAUGGCGAUCCCGAUUGUUGCUCGCUGUCUCUUCCUGUUCGACUCCCGAGUAUAUAGAGCAUAGAUGUCUCCCCAGAUAAUCACACCUUUUCAGGCCAUCUACGACUCCUUCGAAGUGCUUAAUCAAGGUCGUACAUGAUCAAUAUGUUGUCUACAUAUGCCCUUUCGCUUCUGGUAACGUUGGCCAGCGCCUGGACUCCCCAGUCCAAUGCAAAGGUCUUCGGCCGAGAUACCGAUGGCGUUAUGAGAUGGCUCCCUGGCAACGACAAGUUCCGCGGUGUCAAUCUCGGCUCGCAAUUCAUCAUCGAACCAUGGAUGGCUUCUGACGAGUUCUCAAGCAUGGGCUGUGGUGGACUUAAUGACGAAUGGUCUUGUGUCCAAAGCCUCGGACAGGAUGCUGCUGAUGCCGCCUUCCAGAAGCACUGGGACAGCUGGAUCACUCAAGACGACAUUACCCAGAUGAAAAGUCUGGGGCUUAACACGGUCCGUAUCCCAGUUGGCUUCUGGAUCCGUGAAGACCUUGUCCAAGAAGGUGAAUUCUUCCCCCGAGGUGGUAUUCAGUACCUGGACCGUCUAGUCGGAUGGUGCAAUGAUGCAGGUAUCUAUGUCAUAAUGGACCUUCACGCCGGCCCUGGAGCGCAGUUCCCUAACCAACAAUACACUGGUCAUGGAGUCUCACAGCCAGGGUUCUACACCGAGGCAAACUAUGAGCGAGCAGCCGACUUCCUUGAGUGGAUGACAGAGCGCAUUCACACCAAUGCUACCUAUGCUUCCGUCGGCAUGCUGGAAGUUCUCAACGAGCCUGUCCACUCUGGUGAUUUCCCCGACCAAGCUGCUGAUAUGGUUAAUACCUACUACCCUCUUGCCUGGAACCGCAUCCGCGACACUGAAAGCAAAUUGGGUGCCUCUGCCUGGGGCUCUGGAGACCCAACCAGCGCUCUACCCAGCACCGAUUUUGCCGCCUUUGACGAUCACCGCUACCUCAAAUGGGAUACCAGCAUCACCGCCACCAAAGAUGGCUAUCUAAAUGCCGCCUGCAGCGAUAAGCGUGCAGACAACGUCAUUGUCGGCGAGUGGUCCAUCUCCGUCGCCGACAAUGUCCAGGACAACGACGAGCUCGGCAUCAAGAACCGCUCCGACCAAGCCGACUGGUACCAGAAGUAUUGGGCCGCUCAAGUGCUCGCCUUUGAGAAGUCGGCCGGUUGGGUCUUUUGGACGUGGAAGUGCAACUGGAUCACUGGGUACGAUGACUGGAGGUGGUGUUACCAGUCUGCUGUCGCGGCGGGAGCGAUUCCCAAAGACGCCGGCAGCGCGGCUAGCAUCAAUCCUUGCUAAGAGGUUAUUGAGUUUAUGUACAUGUGUUAUAAGCUUUG